CAGAUGAAUAUCGAGUGAUGUUUAGAUUGACAAUCAACAACAAAAAUCACAUCUACUGAUCAUCAACAUCCAUUGGUAGUCUCGGCCACAAUAUCUUGCGAAGACCUAGCUGCGGCAGCUAGUUAGCAAGAAAGAUGUCGUUACCCAUCAAUUGGUCUUCGCCUUCCACUUAUCUGCAUAGACCUAUUUUCGUUGCAGGUAUAGUGGCAGGCAUUGUAAUUUUGGCAACGUUUGUAGCUUUACUGUUCCUAUUCUUUUGGAUCACAAUCUCUCGAUCUCCUUCAACUACCAGUAAAGCUUCUUUAGGUCGUUCGGCAGCCGUUGUUGUACUAGGGGAUAUUGGAAGAAGUCCAAGGAUGUGCUUUCAUGCACAAAGUUUAGCAGAAGAUGGUUGGCGAGUUGCGAUGGUGGGAUACAAAGGAACACCACCACCGCCUCCGCUAAGAAGAUCUUCGGUUAAACUUCAUUAUGUCUUUCAACCUUUUGCAAAGCUCAUCAAUAUACUUCCGAAAAGAGGUGGUGCUUUUGCUUUGCUCACUGCUCCCCUAAAGGUGCUUGGACAAAGUUUUGGUCUGUUUUGGAUCUUGGCAACACAAGUUAGACCACCACCAGAGCUAAUCAUCGUUCAAACACCGCCAGCUUUGCCUUCGCUAUUUAUCGUUCGUUUGGUCGGAAUGUUACUCGGAAGUCGAUUGAUUAUCGAUUGGCACAACCUUGGAUACUCUAUAUUGGCAUUGAAAUUUGCACCAACAAGUUUGAUCGUACGUACGUAUUGUACUUUGGAGAAAUGGUGUGGCAGGAGAGCAUUUGCUCACUUGUGCGUCACAAAGGCAUUACGAAAACAUCUUCAAGAAUCCUGGAAAGUCAAAGGACCGAUCAGCGUUUUGUACGACAGGCCUCCUUCGCAUUACAGACGUGCAACUGUGUUUGAAUCUCACAACCUUUUCUCUCGCUUGAUACCCACAAUAUCUCCGCCAAUCAAGUCUGAUUGGUUUCGACAGCAAAGCACAAAUAACGAUUCAAAAUUGAACGAGUCACCUUUCACCAGGGGAGAUAAUAGCUAUGCUGAAUGGCGAGAUGAUAGACCAGCAUUGGUGGUUAGCAGUACGAGCUGGACAGAGGAUGAAGAUUUCGGAAUGCUGCUAAGAGCUGCAUCGUUGUAUGAGAAGCGAGCACGAUUACUCAAUCGAGAAUCAGGCGGUCGCAAGCACUAUCGCGAUUCGCCUACUUUGCUUGAAUCACCUAUGCUGGACAGUCAUGGAUUGGCUAUGGGUUGGUCAGGAGGAAAUAUCGAAUCGAAAAGAGACAAAAAUCGCAGAGCGUCACUUUCGGUAGACAAUCUACCGAAAGCUACCAGACUUCCAAAAAUGCUCUUGAUCGUAACAGGGAAGGGUGAAUUGCGUGAUCAAUACGUACGCGAGAUUGAACGAUUGGAAAGGGAAGAAGAAUGGCAGUAUGUGCGUAUACGCACUGCAUGGCUUCAAGUGGAAGACUAUCCGACCCUUUUGGGAUCGGCAGAUAUUGGAGUAUCUCUGCAUUCCUCAUCUUCGGGAAUGGAUUUGCCGAUGAAGGUGGUAGAUAUGCUUGGUUGUGGCUUGACGGUUUGCACGCUUGGAUUCCCAUGUGUGAACGAACUUGUACAACAGGGGAACAAUGGACUAGUAUUCUAUAGUGACAAAGAAUUGGCAGCGCAAUUGGAAUCUCUGCUAGCACAACACCCCGACCCGAAUUGGCUUGCUCAUCGUACGCAACCGAUGAUUAGCUUAUUCCCAGAAGAUAUCCCAAGAUCACCUCCGAUUUCUUCAUCCUCUUCGCCUGUGAUUGGAUUCGGAGUAGAUGCUCCUCGAUCUUCUUCUCCACCACCGAUGAACGAAAACCCUGUUCAUCCUUCUUCACCUUUGCCGUUCUUUACGCUCUUACAAAGUCCUAUGCAAUCAAUCAUGGAUCUGCCCCCGGGGUCAAAUGGGAACGGAGAGAAUUAUGGAGAAGGAGAAGAGUAUUAUGAUCUUACAAAGACACGGAAUUGGAGUGGAAAUUGGAAACGAGUGGUACGACCGCUGAUUAUGAAAGCUGAUUUGGAAGAUGAAAAGGAAGCGAGAAGAGGCAUGUCACCAAAUAUUCGUAGAACACCAAAAGGUACUCCUCCCAAUCGCUUGAGCAAGAAUUCAACGCCAAGGUCAAGUUUUGAAUUGUUGGACCGAUUGAAUGGCGGCGCUGAAUCCACGGCUGGAGAUGCACAAGAACAUGCGGGUGAUUUGCGUAGGAGGAAAUUACAGUAUGACGAAGAACCUCGAUUCGGUCGAAAUUUAUCACCCGAAUCAAGUCCACCGAAAGCAUCACAUUCUGCACAUCGUCGUAGUUCGGGUGAUGUGAUUAGCAAUCAUGCACAAUUGGCAGCUUUGCAAGAUCCAAUAGAGAUUCGUGCAGGAUCCAAAAUCCCUGGCAUUCAUAUUAGCGCUCCAACUUCGUAAGAGGGAACAAUUCUUGUAAUUGUAUGUAUUUGUAGGGAAAGGGUUUAUGUUGAUAAUAUA